CGAGGCCCAGUCGCCAUGAGCGGCCUGCGGGGCUCCCUGGGGCCGGCCCGGCCGGGCUGGGUGUGGGGGGCGGCGGCGCUGCUGGCGCUGGGCGCCCUGCUCGGAGCCUGGCGCUGGGCCGGGCGGCGCCGCCGCCGCCGCCGCCUGCAGCGGGUCGGGACGGUGCUGAGGCUCUUCGUGUACCCGGUGAAGUCGUGCAAGGGGGUGUCGGUGCGGCGGGCGCAGGUGACGCCCAUGGGGCUGCGCAGCGGGGAUAUGCGGGACAGGUUCUGGCUCGUGAUCACGGAGGAUGGGCACAUGGUCACGGCCCGACAGGAGCCGCGGCUCGUCCUCGUUUCUGUCGGCUGUGACAACGGGCACUUGACCUUCGAUGCCCCAGACAUGGAGAAGCUCUGCUUGCCUGUGAACGUCCCCGGGAAAAACCCCGUCCAUAACUGCAGGGUGUUUGGACACGAUAUCCAAGGCAGGGACUGUGGUGAUGAAGUGGCUCAGUGGAUCACCACUUUCCUGAAAUCACAGCCCUAUCGACUGGUGCACUUUGAGCCCUCCAUGGUGCCAAGAAAGUCAAAGAAGAUAAUAGACCUUUUCCGAAGCACAGAUGAGGUUGCCUAUCCUGACUGCAGCCCACUCUUGCUCCUCUCUGAAGCUUCAAUGGAUGAUUUAAAUACAAGGCUGGAAAAGAAAGCUAAGAUACAGAACUUCAGGCCAAAUAUUCUUGUGACAGAUUGCAGUGCUUUUGACGAGGACACCUGGGAGGAUAUCCUUAUUGGUGAUGUGGAGCUGAAAGGGACCGUGUGUUGUGGCAGGUGUAUUUUAACAACUGUUAACCCAGACACUGGAGUCCUGGACAGGAAGGAGCCCUUGGAAACACUGAAAAGUUACCGCCUUUGUGAUCCAUCUGAGAGACACAUCUACAAAACCAGCCCUCUCUUUGGGAAAUACUUUGCUGUUGACAAAACUGGAAUGAUUCAAGUUGGAGACCCUGUGUACAAGAUGAUCUGGGAAUGAAAAAGACUUUGAUCAGAGGAUGCUUUUUCACCUUCAUACACCAAUUGUUUUCCCAUGAACACAGUCACCAACAUAACCUUUUCUUAUUCCUUGCAAUAUUUUUUGUGCCAUGUCCCUUUGUAAGGUGCAGGGGACUCUUUGAGGCUAUGAAGUGCCAGCCCUUUCAGAUCAUGUAAUCUACUAACGUGCCUGUAGCAACCAGGUCUUUAAUUUUUCUGGAGGCUGUGAGAAAAGAAACUGAUCCAAUAGAGACUUCACAGCACUACUGUGAGCAUCACAUCUCCUAAAAUUUCAUGUCAACCUCAAUAUUGGAAUCUGAAAUUAUGUACAGGGGUUUGCAUUGUGUAUUAGAUACAUUUAGUGCCUAUAAAGAACCACAAAAACAGUCAUGCCAAGCACAAAGUAUGUUGGUCACAGAGCUGCCUUUACAAGUGAACAUGGAGUGAGAAUGGCAGGACUCUGUCUUGGAUUCCACCCUUCUUUGGUCCUAAUCAUCUUACCCAGCUAUGUGCAUGUCCAGAGGCACUUUUCUGCAGUGUUUCUAAACCUGCAGUUGUUUCCUGAAGAUUGCUGCUAUCUUUUGAGAUUGGAGCAAUAGCAGGAGAAGGCUUGUGAGCUGACUAAAUGCUACUGCAGUCUAGAGGUGGGAACACUGGCUAAUGAUGUCUGUGGGUUUGUUUGGUUUGUGACCUCUGCUCAAUAGUUUGAACCGUCAGGUUUUUUCUCCUGUGAAAGGAGUUCUACCCCAGCACUGUAACACUGAGGCUGUAGUGAUACAUUUGCUAACAUAUCAGUAGAAUUUCCAGUUUGACUAAAAGGAUUGGAUGUUCACUCUGACAGAGAUUUCAUGCGCAGUGGAGGGGAAGAAAAGCCAUCAGGAGUGAUCUGAUGCUGAGCCUGCCAUGUUCAAACAGAUGUCCAGGCAAUGUUGUAGGGCUCUGUGUUCAUGCGUAGCUUCUUUGUGACUCAGUGAAUCUCUUAGUAUGGAAAGUUAGGCUGCUAAGGAGAUGUUUGGGAAGCUGCAGCUUGAGACUGAGCAUGUUAACAUCCUUACUGGUCCUGCAUCUAGAUCUCUGGUUACCAGGCCUGUUUCAAUUCAAACAAAAUGUCAGGCAUUUGUAGGAAUCUGAUAAUUAUAUUUUCUACUGCAUAAAACAAAUAGCAGAGGAAACUAGUUGUUUUACGGCAGUAUUAUCUUUAAUUGUUAUGUGAUUUUUUUUCUUUUUGAAAGUGAACUCCUAGAUAAAAGCCAGCUAUCUUUCAAAUGCUUGUUGCUUGUUUCAAAAGCUUGGUGCUUUGUUAUGGGUUACUAGAUCUAGAAAGAGUGUUCCCCUAGCCAAAGAGAGGAAUCUAAUUAAGUGUGGAGAAGGGCAAAUAUGUCUGAAUUUGGUGUUUAGAUUCUUUCUAUUUUAAGUAUAAACUUGAAAUUUUAAUGCAUUUAGUUCACAAAUUAGACCUGAAGAAUGGAGAACCAUUGGGCUUUGAACAAGUUCAGGUGGAUGUGUGUGACAAGCCUGAAGCAGAAAUACAGGGAAGGUAUAUUUAUGAACUCAAAGUUGCUCUGAUUGUCAUUUUGUUAGCAGAGUGCUCUGUAAGGAUUAGGUUUUCCUGGGACAGACAAGUGCCCAGUUUGGACUCCACGUUGCAUAUUUGUGUAUUGUUAUGCCUCAUGCAACAAACAGUGGGAGGAUAUGAGAGAAAAAGCAUCUUUUGAAAACAAAGGAUUCUGAGGGUCAGUUUUAAAAAGCAAGUGUUGAAGGUUCUUAAUGUUAGAAGCUGAAAGCUUGUGGAAUUCCUAAUGAUAUUAUUAAGCACAGGCAGCCUGCUGGCCUGCCAAAGCAAUUAGUUAAGUGUGUGUCUCUUCAUUAAGUCAAAGAAGCGGAAGGAAAGAGAGCUGAUUUUUUGCCUCCAGCGAAACAUAUUUUUUUUCACUGUUGUUUUAGCAGCACAUCAGCAUUUAUGUAACAAAUUGUGUGCUAUAGAUCCUGUAGCCUCUCAUUAGGCUGUUGUCAAUUGGGAUAAUUUGGAAAUGGGGCUGUCCCUGCAAUGGGAAACAGCCAUCUGCAUUCUUACUGAGAAGAGGGCAUAGAUCUAAACCCCUGAUUUACUCCUGUAAAGCUUCUUAGAAGAAUAUUCCUAGAAUCCCAGAACAGGUAUGCACCUGUGUACAAUACAUUUCACAAAUGACACUUAAAACAAUCAUGUUGUCAAAGAGGGCUGUUUUGGGAAGUCAAGAGCAUAACUUAGAACAUUACACUGUAAAUAUCUUCAUGUAACUUGAAUUGCUGUAACUGUAUGAAUUUUAUUUGAUUUUGUUAAAACAAUUUAGGAAAUUGACUGAAAAUAUGUCAAUCAUAAACCACUGUUUCUAAAUUGUAUACUUAAAGUUAGUACUUUUUUUUUUUAAUUGUAGAAGAAGAAAAAAAACUAUAAACUUUAGUUAAAGUCUCAUAA